AUGAAAUACAUUUUAAAUUUGGUCGUGACAAUAUUUUGUUUUCCAAUAUCAGAAAGUGUAAAGUUCAGAUGUGAUUAUAGGCAUACUUAUCUGGGAUGGUUCAAAUACCAUGAAAUGCCUGCGACAUGGUUCGAUGCUCGCUUGUUAUGCCACCUUGAAGGUGCUAUAUUAGCAUCUCCUACCACACCCGAAAUGAAGACUUAUAUGUUGCAAUCAUUUUGCAAACCUCAGAUCUUCACUGGAAUUCACGCUACCUUGACCAAAGUACAAUUCCAUUCCGUAGACGGUGUACCAUUUGAUUUAAUACCACAUGAAUGGGCUCCGCUCGAGCCUGACAAUAAAAAUAAUGCUGAAAGCUGCAUCGCCUUGCACUCUGAUGGGAAAUUUUCGGAUGUCAGAUGCGAUGAACCUCGCCCUUAUAUUUGUUUCAGGCCGCAUUCGAAUACCGAAGUCAACAUAUGUGGCACUCCAGAUCCUGAAUACCAUUUUGAAAGUCAAACAAAUAAGUGUUACAAAUUUCACACAAAGCCAAGAACAUUUAAAAGAGCUAACUUUGCCUGUUCUGCUGAGGGCGGUCAUCUUGCUAUCAUAAAUAAUGAGGAUGAAGCAAAGGUUAUCCGUGAUAUAUAUACCAAGUAUCCAGCAUCAAAAAUGAUCGGUAAUUUUUGGAAAGACGUUGCGUUUGUUGGAAUGUAUAAUUGGGGGGAGAGCGCUGACUGGACGACUAUUCACGGCCAAUCGCUCCAGGAAGCUGGCUAUGCUAAGUUUUCUCCAGGAGAACCUAAUAAUGCAACUGAAGGUGAAUAUUGUGGUUCAGUAUACCGUAAUGCCAUGUUCGACGAUCUGUGGUGCGAAAAGCAUUUUGCAUUUAUUUGCGAAAAGAAACCUGAUUAUCCUCCUGUUUGCGAUAGUUCCGAAGAACGCCCGUUCCACACCCCCGUCUGUGAUAACGAUGUACGCCCAGAAUCAAAUACUGAUGAUCAAAUCGAUUUUCGAAGCGAUGGCUCGAAAACUUAA